AUGAACACACAAGCAGGAAUAUCUCAGAAGGACAUCUAAUGUUAUCCCCGGAUUGUGACAUAAAAGAUAAUGACAGAAGACAGGAUUCUCCAGGAGAUAACCCCAUUACCCCAAUUAUACAUCCAGCCCUAUCAGCUGAUCCCUCUGAUCCUGGGAAAUGUUCUCCUGAUCACUCUGAUAUUGGUGCAUCUGUUACAGCUCUGACAGUAGAUACAGUGUUUCCCUGUUCUAUAGAUGCCAAAUGUUUUACACAGAACACAAAGCCUAUUAACCCACACACAGGUAAGGCAGGUGAAAGGCCAAUAAUAUGUUCUGAGAGUGGGAAAUGUUUUACAUACAUAUCAGAUCUUGUUAUACAUCAGAGAAGUCACACAGGUGAAAGGUCAUUUCCAUGUUCUGAGUGUGGGAAAUGUUUUGCAUGGAAAUCACGUCUUGUUACACAUCAGAGAUGUCACACAGGUGAGAAGCCAUUUUCUUGCUCUGAGUGUGGGAAAUUUUUUACAUGGAAAUCAGAUCUUAUUACACAUCAGCGAAGUCACACAGGUGAUAAGCCAUUUGCAUGUUCUGAGUGUGGGAAAUGUUUUGCACACAAAUCUGUUCUUGUUACACAUAACAGAAUUCACAAAGGUGAGAAGCCAUUUCCAUGUUCUGAGUGUGGGAAAUGUUUUACACAGAAAUCAGAUCUUAUUGCACAUCAGCGAACUCACACAGGUGAGAAGCCAUUUCCAUGUUCUGAGUGUGGGAAAUGUUUUACACAGAAAUCGAAUCUUGUUACACAUCAGAGUAGUCACACAGGUGAGAAGCCAUUUCCAUGUUCUGAGUGUGGGAAAUGUUUUACACAGAAAUCAGAUCUUAUUACACAUCAGCGAACUCACACAGGUGAGAAGCCAUUUCCAUGUUCUGAGUGUGGGAAAUGUUUUGAACACAAAUCAGAUCUUGUUAGACAUAACAGAAAUCACACAGGUGAGAAGCCAUUUUCUUGCUCUGAGUAUGGGAAAUGUUUUGUACGUAAAUCACAUCUUGUUAUACAUUACAGAAGUCACACAGGUGAGAAGCCAUUUUCUUGCUCUGAAUGCGGGAAAUGUUUUACACAAAAAUCACAACUUGUUACACAUCAGCACAGUCACACAAGUAAGAAGGCAUUUCCAUGUUCUGAGUGUGGGAAAUGUUUUGCGCACAAAUUAAAUCUUGUUACACAUCACAGAAGUCACACAGGUGAGAAGCCAUUUUCUUGCUCUGAGUGCGGAAAAUGUUUUACACAAAAAUCACAUCUUGUUAGACAUCAGCAAACUCACACAGGUGAGAGGCCAUUUCCAUGUUCUGAGUGUGGGAAGUGUUUUGCACGGAAAUCACAUCUCGUUAGGCAUCAGAGAAGUCACACAGGUGAGAAGCCAUUUCUAUACUCUGAGAAAUAAAUCAGCUCUUGUUGCACACAAUAGACAUCACUCAGGUGAGGAACCAUUUUAAUCUUCUGGAGUAUACUUAUCAUUGCCAUGCGUUGUUCUUCAAGGUUCUUAUCCUAUCUCCUAUGAUUUUUGCAAUAUACAUGUUACCACUGAGUGAAAUAAUCAGAUGUCAUGCCCUCAUCUACCACUGCUAUACAGAUGACCUGUCUUUUGCUCUGGGUACUGAGAACCCAGUACCAAUCCUAAAUGGUUGUCUAGCUGAGCUCCAGGUGUGGGUGAUGCCAGUUGGCUGUGACUCAGUACUGGUGAAACAUGUCCUUAUGAUAGAAGCUCACCAACAAAGGGCAGGGCUUCAGCUUUGCUACCAGCCAGACUUACGCUUGGGGGUUCAGAGUUACAAAAUGCUGAUCAUGUGCGGAAUCUUGGUGUCCUGGAUGGUGGAGUGACACUUAGACAUCAGGUAUCAGCCACAAUCAGAUCCUCAUCUGAGGAACAUAGCCAGACUCCAGCACUUAUUUCCCUCAGAAGAUCUUCCUACAGUCAUACAUUCACUUGUAUCAUCACACAUAGACUACUGCAAUGUCCACUACCUGGGUCUCUCAGCAAUAGAAUUGCACCGCUUGUAGCUUGUACAGAAUGCAGCAGCCAGGCUGUUACCUAACCAGCCCUUUCCUGCCACAUAACACCCAUUCUCUGCUCCCUUCACUGGCUGCCUGUAACAUGGUGACUCUAUUACAUAAUCUUACUGACUUUCCCAGCCCAACGUGUCCAGGGUCCAUGGUACCAGAAGCAGCUUCUGCCUCCUUACUGCCCGGUUACUACCAUCUGCAGAUGAAGGACUGUUACCAGCAGUACCAAGAAACCCCAAGAAGUUCUGAGAUGUCAGGGGGAAGACAGGGUGGUGGCACUAGUGCUGCAGUGGGGGCUGCCGGAGGCAGUGUCUGUGAGAAUCUUGUCCUCAAGCAGCGCUAAGGUGUCAGACUGCGAGACAGGGCAGUGGCAGUAGUGGGGGAGACAGGGU